CCCUGGCAUCAAAGAGUCGGUUGCCCAUUUCAUCUCCAACAAGAAAGAAUAACGAUGAGAUAACUAAAACAAGUGGCACCAACUAUAAAAAAAUGACAUCUGGUCAGACGGAUUCAGACCGAUCCAAGACGGUCCAAAAGCUGCAAGAAGUAACUCUUGGUGAGAGACCUGGUUGUGAGACACCAUCUCUGCUCCCUGGAAGUCCCAAAAAAGGAAGCAUGCUGUCAACCAGACUAUCCAAACACCUCUCUAAAAGAAGCAUUAGCCAAGAAGAGAGUGACUUUUGUGUGUCUCCACCUCCUACCAAGCAAGAGGAAACAGUCUCAUUGAGGCUCUCCAAACAGAGCGACCUCAAACACCAAAAAAGUCCGGUAAAGGAUUCAGCUGAUCCCUUGUCAUCUGAAAGCAAGCUUCCUACAAGGAGUCAAAUAGUAAAAUCCAGAAAACAUUCACCAACUGGGAAUUCUGCAAGUACAUCCACAUCUAAACAGGACUCAAAUCAGAACACUAAUGCAGAGACAGCUGUCAAAGCAUCGGAGAGUGUCAUAGCAGAUAUGAAAGACAAUACUAGUGGUGACAGAUUAAAAUUCAAGUUUCCAUCUACAGAGGAACAACAGCACAUCAUAAAACUCCCAGGCAAUCAGUCCAAUACCAGUGAAAACAAACCGAAAGGAAAAGAGAACAAGGAAUUAGAGGAGAGCAUAACCAGCCCUGCAGCUGAGGAGAUUUUAAAAAUCCAUCCAAUACAAAGAAAAGAUGUGAUUACUUCAGAAAACACUCCAGUAAAAGUUACAGCAGUUACAGGCCCAAGGACUGUGGUAUUGGCUUGCAGAGACGUUGCUACUGAUACUGAGAAUGAUUUCCAGGGAGGGCAGCAUGAGACCAAACAACAAGUUAAGUCUACAUCUAAGAAAUCUCAAAUUCAAAGUGACAGCACCGCACAAGAACAGAAAACACAGUUUUCACAAAAGAUUUGUCCAGAAGAAGUAAAAGAGAGAGACAUUUUAGAGACCAAGCUAAUGAGUAAGACAAAACCAGAUUUAAUCCAGGAGAGACGCCUUCCAGAGCCAAAUUCUUCAGUUUUGGCUCAGGACACAAUACCAGCUCAUGAGAAUGAAACUGAUAUGUCAACCAAACCUGUUGUGUUUGGCAGCACUCACUGUGACGCAAUCACCCACUUUAGUGUUUCCCUUGAAGAAACAAAUAAGGUCACUCCUAAAGAAAAUAAUAGAAAUAGUCUUCCUCCUAAAUUGGCCUCAAAAGACCAAGAUGCUGAGCCAAAAGAUGUACUUUUAGCCACUUCCAUUGCUGUUUCAGUUGAUGACCUGGCCCGUAAAGAGCAGCAAAAACCGUUAUUGAAGGAUCAAACCACAAAUAUCAUUCUUAGAAAUCAUAGAUUGCCCACAAUAAGCAGAGAUUUUGAGGUAGAGGAGAAAAGUAAAGAGGAGUCUGGCAGGAAACCAGCAAAGGCUUUGGACAUUCAAACCGAGGCUGCUUGUGAAAUGCCCAAGAAUGUUGAAAAUCAGCUGGACAAAGAGCCUCUUUUACUGGCAGGAGAAUUUGAAAGUCAGGAGAAAGACUCAAAACCAAAUGAAAAGCUGAAUGAUGCAGCAGUGGAAAGCGCUGACUCACAGAACAGUUGCAAAAAGGAGCUUAAGGGCAUAACUAUCGAGAAUGAAGCAGAGAAAGACAUUACAAAAACACAGAAGCCAACAGAUCUAUCAUCAGAUGAGAAACAUUUACAGCCUGACUCAGUGGAGGGACCACAGACGGUAGUUAGGGCUGCCCUGGAAGAGAAGAUGACAGAAGCAGAGCAAGCAAGAAGUGCACUCCAUGAAAAUACAGCCAGUGUGGUUGAUACAAAGCAGAAAUGUCAGAUCGUCUUAAAAGAAAAUGCAGACAGUGGUGAUAAGGACAAAGAUCAGCAGAUGAAGACAUCAACAGAGAAAAAUGAACAGGAACCCAAAGUUGUUCUAGCCAAAGAUGAGAAGGUCAGCGAUAAGGAAGCAAAUCAGGGGGACAAACACGCUGAUGUUGUUAAGAAGAGUCAAACUCCAGAACUAAACGCCAUAAGCUCUGGAACUAAUACUACUAAAGAAGAUAGCCAAACAAAGGAUUUAUCAAAGAAGAAUUUACCAACUGAGAUUUCAAAUAAGACCGCUGACUCCAAAGUUAGGAGGCACAAGGAAGAGAAGACUUUAAUUGCUAGAGACCAAGAUGACGACAUUGAAAAAACAGAGGAACAUGCUUCUAGAUCAGCAGAAUCCAAAUGUCCAAAUGCUGACCUAAAACAGGAACUGGAAAUCGUAAGAACAGAAGCUCCAGUGAAGAAAUCAGAAAGCCAAACUCAAGAAAUAAAGGUUGUAAGCACCAAAACCCAGAGUGCGGCCAGUAUCAAGGAAAAUACCGAAGCAAAGGAUUCAUCAGAUAAGAGUUUGGUGGAUAAAACAACAAUGAGAACAGAAGCUCCAAAGACGAUAUCCGAAAGCCAAAAUCAAAAAUUAAAGGUUGUAAGCACCAAAACUCAGAGUGCUGAUGGAGCCAAGAAACAGAAGACUUUAAUUGCUAGAGACCAAGAUGAGGAAAUUAGAAAAACAAAGGAAAAUGCUUCUAGAUCAGCAGAAUCCAAAUUUCCAAAUGCUAACCAAGAACAGCAACCAGAGACCAAAAUAGCUCCAGAGAAGACCACAGAAAGCAAAGUUUUACAAAUGGAUACAAGUCAAGAACUAAAAGCAGUAGGUAGUGAAACCCCGAGUGCUGAAGGUACCAAAGAGAAGACUGAAACAAAGGAUCCAACAAUAAAGAGUUUGGCGAAUGAGACUGCAAUUAUGCAUGCAGACAGUGAGGUUGGUGUACAAGACCAGCUGUCCAUAGUUGUUAGAGAUCAACAUGCAGACAUAACCAAACCUGAUAUAAGAAAAUCAAAGGAAUCCAAACGACCAAAUACUGACCUAAAACAGGAACUGGAAAUGGUAAGAACAGAAGCUCCAGAGAAGAAAUCAGAAAGCCAAACUCAAGAAAUAAAGGUUGUAAGCACCAAAACCCAGAGUGCUGCCGGUAUCAAGGAAAAUACCGACGCAAAGGAUUCAUCAGAUAAGAGUUUGGUGGAUGAAACAACAAUGAGAACAGAAGCUCCAAAGAAGGUAUCAGAAAGCCAAACUCAAAAACUAAAGGUUGUAAGCACCAAAACACAGAGUGCUGAUGGAGCCAAGGAACAGAAGACUUUAAUCGCUAGAGACCAAGAUGAGGUCAUUAAAAAAACAAAGGAAAAUGCUUCUAGAGCAGCAGAAUCCAAAUUUCCAAAUGCUAACCAAGAAGAGCAACCAGAGACAGCAAAAGAUCCAGGCAAGACCACAGAAGUUUUACAAAUGGAUACAAGUCAAGAACUAAAAGCAGUAGGUAGUGAAACCCAGAGUGCUGAAGGUACUAAAGAGAAGACUGAAACAAAGGAUCCAACAAUAAAGAGUUUGGCAAAUGAGACUGCAAUUAUGCAUGUUAACCGUGAGGUUGGUGUACAAGACCAGAUGUCCAUAGUUGCUGGAGAUCACCAUGCAGACAUAACCAAACCAGAUAUAAGAAAAUCAACAGAAUCCAAACAACCAAAUACUGACCUAAAACAGGAACCGGGAAUGGUAAGAACAGAAGUUCCAGAGAGAAUAUCAGAAAGCCAAAAUAAAAAACUAAAAGUUUUAAGCACCAAAACCCAGAAUGCUGCCGGUAUCAAGGAUGAGACUGAAGCAAAGGAUUCAUCAGAUAAGAGUUUGGUGGAUGAGACAACAAUUAAACCAGAAGCUCCAAAGAAGAUAUCAGAAAGCCAAACUCAAAAACUAAAAGUUGUAAGCAGCAAAACUCAGAAUGCUGAUGGAGCUAAAGAGAAGACCGAAACAAAGGGUUCACCAAUAAAGAGUCGGGUGAAUGAGAUUGUUAUUGAGAAUGCUAACUCUGAAGUUAGCACCCAAAAGGACCAGAAGCCCACAGUUGUCAAAUAUGAAGAUGUGAAGAUUAAGAAACUUGCCGCUAGUCAGACUGAUAAUAAACAGAAGGAAAGAAAAGAAAUCAAAGAGGAUAUUAAAGUUGAAAACAAAGUGACAAAGCAGGAGGAUCAGCAGAUGAAAGCAUCAAAGAUAGAUGCCAAGCAAGAGUCGGAACGCAUUAUUGUAAAAGACGCAUCCAGCAGAAAAGGUGGUGAAGAACAAAAAGACAAGCCCACUGUCGUUCCAGAUAAAGUACUUAAUAGCCCCGAUGCUCAGAAGAAUGAUGAAGAAAAAACAAAAACACAUGGUGAUCUGAAACAGAAACUGCAGACUUUAAGAGAAGAGAAAACCAUAAACCUCAGUGAUCAACAAAAGCCUUCAAAGCCGACACUCGAUGGCAGUUUGUCUCUUUCUGCGACAGCGGAAUCACCUUCAACAUCUCAAAGGAUUCAGCAAAAGAAGGAAUCCCCAUCGAGCUGGUUAGAUGUGAUGCAUCAAAAACAGAAGAAAGAACAUAAGAGAAGACUAAAUGCCUCAGCCAGUGAGGAUAAAUCUCUUGAGCCUGACGACUUUGAUAAUUUUAUCAGGAGCAUUAAGGAGGGCAGCAUUCCAUUCUCACUGCCUCCAAAGAGGCAUGUUCGUAAUAAGUCGCCAUCUCCACAUUUUGCCCUGCCAGCCAUCAAGGAGGACCAUUUUGAGAGAACGUUUGAUCCAGAGGAAUUCCAGUUUGGCUUAAGAAAAAAUGGCAAAAGUUUUAGGGAUCCUUCCCCAGCUAUGGUGCUUAAACAAAAAGCAGCUGAUAGGAAAGGACGGACCCUAGAACAAUGCGCAGAAGAUAAUGCCAUGCACACAUCAGGAGACCCUAUUAAAUCAAUUGAUGAGGUGGAAGGAAAAGAUGGCGUCAGCGAGGGGACACCCGUUGAAGCAGGAAAAGAAGAGGGACAAAACAAUGGAGAAGAGCCUGGGAAGCUGACGUCACGACUUGGAAGGAUGUCCAUCCUCUCCAGCUUACUGAGUUCCCCUCGUUCCUCCAGGAAGACCAAAGAGGAAGCUACCUCCGCCUCAAAUAACACACGUUCUAACCAACAACAGGGCCUGCUCUCACUUGCAAAGCAGGAAGUUAUUGAUUCACCUCUGCCUGCUGUUGAGGCAGAUAAGAAGGGUGUGAGAGGUGUAGAUCAAGGCCCACUUGUGGGUGGUGGUAUAGGUACAGGUAGUGAGUCAGCACCCAACCACUCCUCUCCUCCUCUGCCCGUGUUCUCUGAGAUAAAGCUGCCUGUUCAUUUGGAGAAAUACCUCAAGAAGAACGAAUCAGAACCUGAGGCCUCCCAGGGCUCUACACAGACAACUGAAACUAAAAUGAAUCCUGAGGGUUCCAUGAUAGACCAGGCCUCAACAGCAGGAGUACCCAAUGUGGAUGGGAGCCUGAAGGGCCCUGCAGGAGUGCCUCCAACCAGCAACAACAGCCAGCAGACUUCUAGAAAUGGACGCACUACUUCUACGACUAAGAUACCUGCAGUAAGAGGGUUUCACAAAAGGCCUGGAAAGAUUGUGAUACAUGAACAUGCUCAGUUUGGAGGGCAGCCGUUUGAACUCUACUGUGAUCUAGAGGAUGCCACCGCAAUUAAGCUUUCCCCCGUCAUCUCAGUCAGAGUAAUCAGAGGAUGCUGGCUCCUCUUUGAAAAACCUGGCUUCCAGGGUCGUAUCAUCGCACUUGAGGAAGGUCCCACAGAGCACUUAGUGAAUAUGUGGGCAGAGGAGGGAACACCACCGACACUAGACCAGAUGGGUCAGCCUGUACCAACGGCACCUAUGGUCAUAGGUUCUAUUCAGUUGGCAGUUAGAGACUAUAGCAUACCCCAAAUCGACCUGUUUGCAGAGGUAAACGGGUUGGGGAGGAUGUCAUCUUACUGUGACGACAUUGUAGAGAUUGGCUCCUAUGGGAUUCCACAGACCACCGGCUCCAUUAAGGUUCAUUCUGGAGUCUGGCUGGUGUACAGUGAUCCAGGGUUUGGAGGUUUUGUUGGAGUGGUGCAGGUGGGGGAGUAUCCCUGCCCAGAGUCCUGGGGUUUCCCUGAGCCCUUCAUCGGGUCUCUCAGACCUCUCCGAAUGGGACCAAUAAUGGUGGAGCAUCCUCGUGAAUUCAAGGCCUUAGUGUUUGAGAAGCCCAACUUUGAUGGAGAGUGCCUAGAGGUCGACAGCAAUGUGUACAACUUGCAAGAAGAGCUGGAAGAGGAGGAAACGGGCAAACCAGACGAGAAUAAGAAGACAUUGUCUACAGUGGGGUCUUUAAAGAUACUUGGUGGUCUCUGGGUGGGCUAUCAAGAGGCAGACCUGGAAGGCCAGCAGUACAUCCUGGAGGAGGGGGAGUAUCCUCACUGCAGUGACUGGGGAGGAUCUGAGGAUGGGCUCCUGUCACUUCGGCCUGUAUGCACAGAUUUCCUUUCCCCUCACGUUAAACUGUUCAGCGAGCGGCACUUUGAUGAACUGGGGCGCAACGUGGACCUGCUGGGUCCCGUCAUCAGCAUGGAGGACGUCGGCCACAGUGGCAAAACUCAGUCUGUCAACGUCGUGGGUGGAGUGUGGGUGGCGUUUGAGAAGCCUGGAUUCAGUGGAGAGCUCUACGUUCUGGAGAGAGGCCUGUAUGCAAGCCCAGAGGACUGGGGGGCCCAGAACUUCAAGAUCUCAUCCAUACAGCCGGUCUUCCAUGACCCACUGAUGGUAACAACCAGAUUCAAGAUGCAGCUGUAUUCUGAGCCAGACUUCCAGGGAAGGCUGGUGGCUCAGGAGGACAGCGCAGCAGCUCUGGAUGAGGACUUCAUACCCAAGUCCUGUAAGGUGCUGGCCGGCAGAUUUGUGGCAUAUGAAGGAGCUCAGUUCACAGAGAACAUGUAUGUGUUGGAAGAGGGAGAAUACCCCAACACAGAGGCCAUGGGCUUCCUGUCCUCAGACUCUACCAUCCGCUCCAUACAGACCCUUGGACAUGAGUUUUCUCUGCCCUCCAUCGUCUUGUUCAGUAAGGUGGGCUGUAGAGGGCGCAGAGUGGUGUUGACUAAUGGAGCUGUGAACCUGCUGCAGGCAGGCAUGGACACGCGCAUACGCUCCCUGGUGGUGGAGGGAGGAAUGUGGGUGUUGUAUGAAGGCGGUAACUACCGCGGUCGACAGCUGCUUCUCCAGCCAAGUGAAGUGGCUGAUUUGUGGAAGUUCAGCGGCAGGCAGCAAUUAGGAUCCCUACGUCCAUUACUCCAGAAGCAGAUGUACUUCCGUCUGCGGAACAGGGAGACCGGAUGUGUGAUGUCCCUGACAGGAACUGUGGAGGACAUCAAGCUGAUGAGGGUUCAGGCUGUGGAGGAGACGGGAGGGUUAGAGCAGGUCUGGCUCUAUCGGGACGGGCAGCUUACCUGCAAGCUGGUGGAUGACUGUUGCCUGGAGACCACAGGCAGUGUGGUGAUGGAGGGCAGCAGGCUUUGUGUUGCCCCGGAGCGAGGCAAAGGCAACCACUUGUGGAACAUCACCCCAGAUGGCCGAGUGCGCUGCCACCUCAACCCUAGCCUGGUCCUGGAGGUCAAAGGUGGUCAUCAGUAUGACAAGAACCAAGUGAUCCUAAACACAUGCGAUGAGAGAAAAUUGAACCAAAUUUGGACCUUGGAUAUCCUGUGAUCUGAUGAGCCUCGACUUGCCAACUCAUCAUGAACCCUGUGGCGCACACACACACACACACACACACACUCUCACACACACACACACACACCUUUUUGUGGUAUGUUGACCCUUCUUGAAGAGAGUAACCAUUGACUGGAUCAACAUUUAAACUAAUAUCAUAGUGUUAGUUGAAUGAACAAGUAGUGUAAAAAAUAUUGCUUAUUUUUAGCCACUUGAUUUCAAACACUAUAUACCAAAGACUCCCCUCUCUGUUUUCACUGCAUGUAGUGAGAACUCAGCCCUGUUUCAAUGCUGCAUACCUUUCUUCACUUUAUGGUACUUUUCGACUACAUGGCUCCGAUGUCCGUUUUCUGAUCACAAUGUUGGCCAAUAUGAAUGUAUAGUUUUUGACAGCUGCAAUAUGAAGUCCAAUGUGUCCACAAUCCAAAGAUUUCUGUAGACUUAAGGGGUUUAAUUUGUAUUGUUGUAGAUCAAAAAUGAUCUAUCGUAAAGUUUGAAUAUCUUUUUAGGACUUGAUAGGUUUUUACAUUUUUACACAAAUUGUACUUUGUUGAAUUAGGUUGUACAUAAGCAUCACCUGUAUAGAUUUGGGCUUCAAUUUUAAAGCAGGACUGCAAUGACAAUGCCGCACACUGUUGAUUGUAAAUAUGUGAAUGUAUGAGAAAAAAAACAAACUGUUACACAUGGAAAAAAGAAUGUGAUUUUCUUUUCAUCUUUUUUAGAAAAUAAAACAUUGUCUUUCUUUAGAUUGAAAUUA